AUGGAGUCUCUGCAGGUGGAGGAGCCUCCUAGGCCUUCCCGCCGCCGCUCCUGGCCUCCGGAUCCCGCAAACCGCCAGCGGCGCAACAGCAGCAUCGUGGUGAAGGGCCGGAGCAGCUCAGUGGCGCUCCACGAUGCAGCUUCGCGUAUGUCCACCUGCGUGUAUCUACAGACCUCGGGCCUCAGUGUGACGCAGGCAACUCUGGUGGCUUUCAACUCUGCAGUUGGCAGCACAGUGGCGUUGGUCGGCUAUUAUCCCAGCCAAAGUGGAUGGCAAGCCUUUGCUGUCAUCAUGCUGGUCGUGGCCAUUACAGCGAUGGCCCAGCAAAGCGCACUUAUCUCGACAAGCUGCCAACUUGGAGCCGGAACCUUCGAUGAGCUGUGCCAGCCGCUUCCCAUUUGGUCCGGCAGGGUCACCGUUGCGAGCUUCCUACUCUACUACUGGGGCUGCUUGGGCUUCUACGCUCAAUUCGUCGAGGUUUUCUUGGCCGACCAGCUUUGCCAUCUCUUGUGUCAAAGCGGAAGCCCCUGGCUCUGCCAAAGCGAACAUCGCCUCGGUCUUCUUGUUUUCCUUCUCUUAGCUGUGGUGAGUUGGCCGCCGCAGUUGAGUGGGACCGCGGCGGUCUUCAUCAAUAACAUGAACUUCCUGGUCAAGUGGGUAGUGAUAGUAACGGCUGUAGCGAAAGGUGUUUACACGGUGAUAUCAGUCGAUGCAGAGAGAGACUAUGUAGCGUGGGCACCCAGUGGUUUUGUGCGGAUUGCGUGCUUGUUAAUGUCUUCCUAUGCCAACACCGGUAUUAUGCCCCAGAUUGCUGCAGAUGUUGACAAGUCGCAGCAAGAGCGAGCAGCAAAACUCUGCCCAGUCAUUGCAGUGAGCCUUCAGCUCCUGGUUUAUUUUGCGGUGGCAUACAGUGCAUACUUCGCCCUCGGCGAUGCAGUUAAGACAGGCGUUUUCGCCACGUACAACAAGAUCUAUCCGGGCUACAUGACAGUCAUUUUGCAGGGUGGGAUGGCCCUGUUGACUUUCUUGUCAUCCCCGCUGCUCAUCAUUCCACUGAAGGCCCAGAUUUAUGGUCUCUUGUCUCCCAGAAGCGAUGGCGAAGCGGCAGACCUGUCACAAGCUCCAAGCAGCCUGCAGGGCGGCCUCACCUUGAGCCUGGCUUUCACUGGUGCCAUAGCUCCUUGCAUCGUGGGCCCGGAGGCUUUCACCAACUUCCUUUUCUUUUUGGCCUGCACGUGCGGCAACUGGUUAAACUUCUUCUUGCCUGCCAUGGUCGUGCUGUACUGUCAGGUUUUGUCUCCGAGCUACAAAGGCGGCAAGAGCCUGGCAACAUUCCUCUGCUGCUGGCUCUUCUUCCUGGGUGGUUUAG